GCCUUUGGAUGAUGGGGCCUCGGCCAACCUGAGCUCGCUGUGACGAUGGGGACUGGAGUCCAGCGCAGCCGGAGACGUCGGGGCUGGGACCACGGGGGGCCGUGAUGGGAGCUGUCUGGACGGUUGGAAAGUCAGCAACUCCCCGGUGGCGGCGGCGAAGACCCUGUUGGACUGACGGCCCUCUCGAUCCCGGAGCCGCUGGUCGUCCUGAGCCGAUGGAGCAUCUAACUCAGGUCUCCUGAAAAGCAAUGGCCGCUGCCUCACCCCUGACCAUCUCACCCUCUGAACGGAAGGUCCCCUUUGGCAUCGUAAAGUCUCCCAUCUGGCCACCCCACUGCGUUGCCAUGCACGUCACCCGGCCAAAAUCUGCCAAGGGGCGCACACGGUCCAACUUGAGCUAUUCCCAGAGUGUCGGGGCCUAUUCCUAUCCAGUGCCAUCCUCCCCCCAACCUGUCACCCCUGGGGAGGAAGCGGUCAGUAGCCGGAGGGCAGCAUCCUCUCAGCAGCUGUUCCAGCCCGUUCAGGUCUUUCCGGCCGAAGUCCCAGACCUCCUCCAACAAGUGCCCGCGAGAACCUCAUCUUCCCUCAACAAGUACAGGGUGUUGCCGUCCAUCAGCCGGAAGGAUCGGAGGAUGGGCGCUGCAGGAGCGAUGUCCGAGCAGGCCAGUCAGCUCCCAGCCGGUGCUCAGGAGGAGGAGGAGGAAGAGGAGGAGGAGGAACAGGAGUCCCAGGAUCCCUCUCUGCUGGGGAAGGGGCCCACCCCGCUCAUGGAGGAGCAUAAGGGGGGUGGCGGAGAGUAUGCCCAGGCCCCCUUUUCUCCCCUGGAGAGGCCGCAAUUAAAUAAAAGGAGAGAAGGGGGCUCCCCCACGCUGGCCCUGAACCUGGAGGAGCCCUGCGAGAAAGAGCCAAGGCUGCUGCUGGCCAUCCGCUCACCUUCGGGGGAAAGGUUCGAACGCUACUUCCGGCCCACGGAUAACCUGGGGACUGUGGUCGCCGCGGCGGAACAGAAGAAUGAGGCCGCCUACCGGCGCUGCAGCAUCGGGACGGUGGAAGUGCCCCGAAGGACCUUCUCGGACCUCACCAAGUCUCUGCAGGACUGUGCCAUCUGCCACAAGUCGGUGCUGUGCAUCCUGCUGGAAGAGCAGGAGGGGGAGCUGUAAGCAGCUGGCGCGCUUGUGCCUUGCAUUAAACCCCACUGGAAGAAAACGCACCCCCAGCGUCCGCUCCUUUAGACCCAGCCGCUCGCUCGCCCAGGUCGCCGGGCACGUCCCAAAGGGAUGCCCAGUGCUGCUUCACUCUCGAGCACUGCACUUCCCUUUCAUGGGCUCCCCCAUCUCCGUUCCAACUGGUCCACAGGCAGGGGUUUCAUUUUCAAGAGUUUGCUUUGCACUGCAUUUUUUUUUCUUUUUGAUUUCUUUUUGGCCUGAUCCAAUUCGGUUUGAAUCUAGAAGAGCGGUAAGGAAGCCAAGUCAGAAUAAGCAUAGGGCUACCAGGAACUCUCCGCGCUGUGCCUUUUGUUCUGAAUUCUCUCACUUACACGGCUUUGGUUCAACAAGGAACGUGCAGAUAUUCCAUGAUGAUUUUUUUCGGGGGCGGGGGAGCAAAAGCUUCCGCACAGGAUACAAAGACCGUUUUUGGCUUUGAUGGAAGGCCGGGGCCCCGAUGCUUUAUUUCAAGGCUUCUGCUCCAUUCUGUGGUGGCGGUGGUGGUAAAGACCUUUGGACUCGCUCAGCCUCCCAAGGUCUGUUCCUGCAUUUUUAAUCAAAUGUUUCUUUUACAAGAUUAUGGCACAAAUUAAGUCUGGAAGGAUCCUCCCCAAAUGGGUUUUCCCUCCAGUGUACAUUUGAAAUUCAGUGUUGUUUUUGGCAAUAGGUUCAGAGCCCUUCGACCUUUGGAUUGCAGAAACGCAUUCACGGCAAGGGUGUGUUGGCAUUUGGCAUCCUGGUCUCGCUUGAGUUCUGCCUGGACAGGUGGCUUUUCCUGAAGGGUUGCUGGCGCGCUUUCAAGAACAAAUCAACCUGUUUCGAUUAAGAGUGGCCUGUUUGUGUUAUCAAAAUGCCAUGUGUUUUUUUUCCCUUAAACUGUAUUUGAAUGUUAAAAAAAAAUCUUUCUCUGUCCACAGGCAGAGUUUGAAGUCUCAGUAUUCUGCACAAAGAGAUAUGCUAAAAGAGUGGACAGCUUGCCAAAACA